AUUUUAAUUGAGUUAUACACAACUAUGGUUGUCAGCUGAGAGAUGAGCUUGAACAUUUAUUGGAUGAUGAUAUGGAUAUGGCGGAAAUGUACCUCACUGCUAAGCUCUUUUCUCCACAAUUUGAAGAUUCCAAACCAAAACAUAGUAACAUAGAUGACGAUGACACUGUCGUACUAGAAGAUCACAGUGAUGAAGAAGAGAUAAGGAGCAACAAAAGUACCAGUGUAGUAGGGAACAGACAGAAGCCAAAGAUUGCAGAGUUGGAGAUGUUAUUGGAAGCAUACUUUGUCCAACUUGAUGGAGCUUUGAACAAACUAUCCACUAUGCGGGAUUACGUGGACAAUACGGAAGACUACACCAACAUAAUAUUGGAUGACAAACAGAACCAGAUGCUGCAAUUAACGGUUGUCAUCAGUAUUGCACGUGUACUUGUCAAUUUUAGCGAUGUGAUUGGAAAUGUUCUCAGCAUGAACAUCGACAUCCCUAUCACUCUCAACGGAGUCCCCCUCCAAUUUGAUGAAUGCCUAAUUGGGAUGGUUGUUGGUUUUUUUGUUUUAUUUUCUAUCUCCCUCUUCGCCCUCAAGAAAAAAGGGCUACUCGAAUGAUCAAGCCUUUCAACAGGUCAAGUGAUACACUGUUGAUCUCCAAAGUAUGCGUUUCGUGUUAUUUUGAUUCAUAAUAUUUCAAUUGUGUCAAUUUGAUUAUCAACUUAAUCAAUUUUUAUCGACAUUUAAACAUAAAUUGGAGAUCAAAUUGACACAACUAAAACAUUAGAGACCAAAAUGAAACAGAGCGCAUACUUGGGGAUCAACAGUGUAUUUAAUCCAUGCAAUAAUAGUAGUAUUACACUUUGUAAUAAGAACGGGAUACUUGGGUUUUAGACCUCUGAAAAAAAACAGUUGUAACUGGUGUAAAUUUGGAUUAUAGUAUGAUGCUGCUAAAGGUAGUUCCAAUUAUACCCUGCUGUAAUAAAACACAGAUUUACAGAAGAAUUUAAGAAGGAAA